AAGCGCGGAUCGUAUUAAUUUCCCGGUUAAGUUCCCCAACCGGAAUAACUACCUGAAGCACUCAAAUGACCAAACUAUCCAUAUAUUUUCCCAAAUUACAACCCCUUAUUUCCCUUUUCUUCCUCAUCUUCAUACCCUUCAAUGUAAUUUCACAAAGCGUUGAAGCAGAACGGACAAUUCUUCUCAAACUUAAGCAACAGCUGGAUAAUCCGCCGGCGAUUCAGUCAUGGAAUGCCUCAUCCUCACCGUGUUCUUGGACGGGAAUCAACUGCACUCAAGGUUCAGUCACCGCCGUUUCGCUCCGCAAUAUGACCAUUAAGGUCAAAAUCCCACCAACAAUCUGUGACCUUAAGAACCUCAAUGUCCUUGAUCUGUCCUACAAUUAUAUCCCCGGUGAGUUCCCAAAACUGCUGUACAAUUGCUCCAAGCUCCAGCACUUAAACCUCUCCAUGAACUACUUUGUCGGCCCCAUUCCCGACGAUAUUGAACGGUUGUCGACUCUGCUUUACUUAGACGUCAGUGGCAACAAUUUUUCCGGUGACAUACCGCCGAGUAUUGGCCGAUUACCGGAGUUACGAGAACUCCAUCUUGACGGGAAUGAGUUCCACAAUGCCACUUUUCCGGAGGAAAUCGGAAACCUAUCCAAUCUUGAGCAUCUGGCUAUGGCCUAUAAUGGGUUUGCGCCCAUGAAGAUACCUGAUAGGUUCAGUCAACUGAAGAGACUGAAGUACUUAUGGAUGACGGAAACAAAUUUAAUCGGCGAAAUUCCGGAAGGCAUCGCGGACCUGUCCAGUCUGGAGUGGUUGGAUUUGGCGGAGAACAAGUUGGAAGGCUCGAUUCCUAGCAGGCUUCUCAUGCUGAAGAAUCUGACCAAUUUGUAUCUCUUCCACAACAAACUAUCCGGUGAGAUACCCAGACCGGUGGAAGCUUUAAAUUUGGUAGAAAUUGAUCUUGGCAUGAAUACUUUGACCGGUACCAUACCGGAGGAAUUCGGGAAGAUGCAGAAUCUGGUGUUCUUCAGUCUGUUUUGGAAUCAGUUAACAGGGGAGGUGCCGGUCGGUUUGAGUCAACCCCCGGCCUUGAAGGUUUUCCGGAUUUUUAACAAUAAUUUGAGUGGAAUAUUGCCGCCGGAGUUUGGCAUCCACUCAAAGCUCGAAGCUUUUGAGGUGUCCAGCAAUCAAUUCACUGGUCAACUACCUGAGAAUUUAUGCGCAGGCGGCGUUCUACUGGGAGUGGUUGCAUUUUCAAACAACCUUAGCGGACAAAUACCAGCGUCGCUUGGAAAUUGCAGCACCCUCCGAACCGUUCAGCUUCAAAACAACCACUUUUCAGGUGAGAUUCCUCCGGCUCUCUGGACGACUAUCAAUUUAGAAAGCUUGAUGUUGGGUAACAAUUUAUUUUCGGGGGAAUUACCGAGCAAACUAGCAUGGAAUCUGACCAGGGUGGAAAUCAACAACAACAAAUUUUCCGGCCAAAUCCCAACCGGAAUUGGUUCUUGGUCAAAUUUGACAGUCUUUCAGGCAAGCAAUAAUCUCUUAUCCGGUGAAAUUCCAAAGGAAAUAACAUAUCUUUCUAAACUUAUUACCCUCCUCCUCGAUGGUAAUCAACUCUCUGGUGAAUUACCAACGAAUACAGUCUCCUGGAUAUCGUUGACCACCUUGGAUCUGUCCGGUAACCAACUUACCGGUCAAAUUCCGGCAUCAAUUGGGUCUUUACCUGACCUGCUCAAUCUUGAUUUAUCAGACAACCAAUUUUAUGGGAAAAUCCCUGCUAAAAUUGGCAACCUGCGACUUACUUCCCUAAAUUUAUCAUCCAACAAACUUUCCGGGAAAAUCCCUGACGAGUUUGACAACCUUGCUUACGAAAACAGUUUCUUGAACAAUUCCCACCUCUGUGCAGACAACCGAGUCCUCAAUCUUCCAGACUGCAGUUCCACACUUCACCAACCCCAAAAACUGUCCUCUAAAUAUCUUCCCCUGGUUCUGGCUCUUGCUGUCGUGGUCACCAUUGUUAGUGUUAUAUUGACCCUGUUCAAGUUCAGAGACUACCGGGAGAAAAAAUAUCUUGCGACAUGGAAGCUAACUACGUUCCAGAGAUUGGAUUUCACGGAAGUGAAUAUCUUGCCCAGUUUGACUGAUAAUAAUUUGAUUGGAAGUGGUGGGUCUGGAAAAGUGUACAAGAUUGGCAUUAAUGGGUCAGGUGGAUUUGUAGCGGUGAAGAGGAUUUGGAAUAAACAGAAACUGGAUCAUAAGCUGGAGAAAGAGUUCAAAGCAGAGGUUGAAAUUCUGGGCAGCAUUCGUCAUGCCAACAUAGUGAAGCUGUUGUGCUGCAUUUCAAGUGAGAAUUCGAAUCUUCUGGUGUAUGAGUACAUGGAGAAUGAGAGCUUGUAUAUGUGGCUUCAUGGGAAGAAGAGAAGAACAAGUUCUGGGACUGAGAUGAAUUCUGUCCUGGACUGGCCCAGGAGGUUGCAAAUUGCAGUUGGAGCUGCUCAGGGACUUUGCUACAUGCACCAUGACUGCUCUCCGCCCAUCAUUCAUCGCGAUGUCAAAUCCAGCAAUAUUCUCUUGGAUUCAGAAUUCAAGGCAAGGAUUGCGGAUUUUGGACUUGCGAAAAUGCAAACUAGGCAAGGGGAGCCUCACACCAUGUCCGCAGUUGCAGGAUCUUUUGGUUAUCUCGCCCCAGAAUAUGCGUACACAACAAAGGUGAAUGAAAAGAUUGAUGUCUAUAGCUUUGGCGUGGUACUUCUGGAGUUGGUGACAGGAAGAGAAGCUAACAGAGGAAAUGAGAACACAAGCCUUGCAGAAUGGGCAUGGCAGCGUUACUCAGAGGAAAGGCCUUUGGUUGAAUUGUUUGAUCUGGAGAUUAACGAUCCAUGUUACUUGGACGAGAUGACUACGGUGUGCAAGCUGGGGCUUGCAUGUACAAGCACUGCACCAUCUUCAAGGCCUUCCAUGAAGGAAGUUUUGCAUUUACUUCAACGCUGUGGUCCGCAAGAAAUUUUUGAAGUGAAGAAAUCAGGAAGGGAAGUUGAUGUUGCUCCCCUUCUUCGCAGCCCCACUUACAUAUCCAGUUACAAGGAGAUUAAGAGAGGAUCAGAGGAAGAUGAUGGCUACUUGGUCUAUAGCGUCUGAUGACCCAUGGCACUCGUGCAAUCCUCUCUCUUAUCCUUUAACAUGUUACUACUCGAGCUCAAUACUUUUUAUUUUCAACCAAAAAAAAUAUAUCUUUAAAUUAUUUAAGUAGUUAAAUGUUUCACUUGUCACAUAAGUAGAAGCAAAAUCAGCAAAAAUUGUUAUGUGAGGUUUUGCUGUUUCAGCUUUCAGGUAUACUAAAAAUAGUGAAAGACAAUAAAACUUCAUUUAGGAU